AUGUCCUUAUUUCGAAUUAGUGAAUGGUACACCAAUCUUUACCCUGCUGCAUCAUGCAUCGCUGUGGGGACGUUUAUUGAGAAUCGAGAUCAGGUAAUAAUUGGUGGAGAAGAUGGUGUUCUAACGGUACUCGACCCUGGUGGAACGGAGAAAGAUCCGAUACUACUCGAACAAGAGAUUGGAAAGCCUGUCAUAGAUAUAAUUAUAGGAGAAUUUUUACCUCCUGGUGGUACUAUACUUGCUGUGCUCACCCCACGAUUGCUUUCAUAUUUUCGCCUAAGUUACGGUAAUAAAUACAUCUGUACCUUUCUAGUUUUGGUCGGAUCUAAACGACCUGAAGCUCGAUGUAACUGCGUAAACAGCUGCGUUUGUGGCAUCGCGGUGGGAUCAUCAGAUGCAUUGGAUCUGUCUCGAACGAAACUGGAACAAAUGUUCUCUCAUGAAAUGCCGGAGCAUGCCUAUAAUAUGUGUGCCGUGCCAUCUCCUAGCACCCAGCAAAUUCUAGUACAGUCGAUAGGAUGCGUUCUUACAUUAUAUCAAGGUGACCAAUGCGUAUUCUCGCGUUCACCCCUUCCUGCUCUUCAUCCUGGGCCACUCUCCUAUUGCUAUCCGUCUUCUUCCCUAGUUACUUCUAAUGGUGGACGCCUACACAGUGUUAAAUUCAGUCUCCUAGCUGGAUUAGGAAACACAGGAAAGCGAGUAACUUUCGAUUGGACGUUUCAUUUGGGAGACACAUGUAUCGAUAUGGCUAUGGAAGACGCACCACCGAUCCAACCGUCGAUCAUCUGCCUUUGUCGGUACACUGUUUAUUGCCUUAGCACAGGUGGCACGGUCAGGUGGCAGAUUCGACUGGAACAAGUUGGCACCGCACUUAUGGUGUAUAGUGUUGGGAAGGAGGCUCACUCCAUCCGACUGUGCGUGGCCACCAGUUCGAAUACAUUGCUGGUUUUCUCGGACUAUAAGCUGAUGUGGAAUAGCCAGACGGAGGGCACUGUAAUAUCACUAAAGCUCAGCAAUUUUAACUCGACGUACCAAAACGUGCUCUCCAUGCUCUCUAACGAAGGAAAAGUAUCAAUAGGCUAUUUAGGGACCGAGCCUAAUUUAUAUAAGGUCCCAGUAGACAAUCGGUUUAUCGACUUCAAAGCGAAAAUUCAAGAACUGCGAGAGAUUGAAGCGUCAGUCAAGGACACUGGCAACAUUGGGCCAGAAAAGAAAACUUCUCUAGUCAUGAAAUGUACGCCUGGCGAACUUGAGAAAGCAACUAUUGAGUAUGAAACGAAGCAAGGAGCUCCAAUUUGUCCUCUGGUGAUUACUCUCCAGGGAACAGAUGGUGCCGACACCGUGAAGGUCAACGUUCGAUCUACUCUUUGUACUUCUUCAAAGCAGUUCGUAUUGGACCAUCCAGGUGACACGGAAACACUGAAGAUCGCAUUUUUUGUGGGCGACAACAUUCCCACCUCAACUACGGUACAUGUUGCUGCUCAUUGUUCUGGUACUCAAGCCACUGCCUUCGCAUCCAUCCGAAUUCCUUUCGCGGUCAUGUUCGCAGAGACAUCGCCAGAGCGGAAUGCCGCCUAUAAACUCACUUUAGAUUCAGACCAAACUUGCGUGCCUUUGAACACAUUAUUUCAUGAGUUCCAAACCGAAAACCCAACAUCAAUUGGUUUUCGCGUGCAUGGUUACGACGUUAGCGUAUCAGUGUUCACCGCUCAGAAGUCCAAUCGCUACAGAAUCCAGACGGAUCACCUACAACUUUUGAACGUGGUGGUAACAGAGUUGGUGGAGCGGGUUCAGGCCGCUCAACAUGGUGUUCAGCUGCACGCAAAUAUUCCAAUGCAUUACGUGUCAACACUGUUAGAUCAGCUUGUAGAGUUGGGAUCAAGAAGCAAAGUGCAAAACAAAGUGAUCGCCGAUCGCUCACGAGAAAUGAGAGCUAUUGAAGCGCUGAUCCUUAGCAAAACACGGAAUACUAAGCCAGAGACGUUUGAACACAUCGAUUUGCUUUACGGAGACGCACAUGAGCAGCUGUUCGCUGCGAUUGAUGAGCUGACGUCCAUUCGUGCAGAAAUGCAAAACCUACAUCUUACACUUGCCUCUCUCUUUGACCUCAUUUCGAUGCUGCUACGCCUUGAAGGAUUAGAAACCGUCUUAAACGGAAACUUCAUAACGGAUACAAAUCAGACACUUGAGGAGCACCUUGCGUGGGCGUCUCAAAUCGCAAACGACCCUUCUCGUGCUGUAGCGGUUCUCUGUCAGCAUCAACGAAAAGAUCUUCCACAGAUCAAGGAAGAGGAGGAAGAAGAAGAUGAUUUCGACAAUAUUCAAACGGGAGAAAUUAAAUUAUAG